AUGCCGACACUUGAGAUUCUCGACUAUAAGAGACGUGACAAGAAAUCCUACGAGUUUGGAGUGCUGCGAUCAAAGCCGAACGUCGACACAUCAACUGGAGAGUUUACGAUCAAUUCAUCCUGGGUAGACACGAAGCUCGCGACUACGUGGAAAGACAGGUGCAUCAAUCAUCACGGAUCACCUUGCCGAGAUUCGAAUCAAGCGGUCUUGAUAGCCCCAGACUGGCUCAUCGAUACUCACGAUAACUGCGUCGUGCGUGGCGAGAUCUCCAUGGAGUUCGUGGCUCUGAGUUAUCGAUGGGGUACAUCUGUUGGGCCUGGAGUAAAUAGAGAUGGCCUGAGGGAGCUACAAAAUCGAGGUGGUUUAUCUAGCGACUUCGCCGCCAGGCUACCCAUCCUCAGAGAUGCAAUGCAUGUCGUCCGGAGCAUCAAUGAACGUUACCUAUGGAUUGAUGCAAUCUGCAUCAUCCAUGAUGACAAGGAUCAUUUGGCACAUCAGCUCCAACAUAUGGGAGAAAUCUACGCCUCUGCUAAGCUUACCAUCAUCGCAGCCGAUGGCGAUGGUAUGACGGGGCUCCCUGGUCUCCAAGGCUGUUCUCCUCCUCGAGAGCUGCCCAAUAUAUUCUCUUGGACAAAAGGUCGGGAGAUUUGGGUCAGAAAUUUGCCUGACUUGGGUGGCGGAAAGCACAUCACUUCUUCCGAGUAUUUUCAGAGAGGUUGGACCUUUCAAGAGUAUACACUAUCUCGAAGACGCCUCAUAUUUGGGAACCAGCAAAUUCAUUGGGCUUGUGGCUGCGGAACGUGGCAUGAAGAUCUUCCAGACACACAGGCUCGGCCUGAAGCUACGCAAUCCUCGAGCAGUCUACGAAGAUGGCCCAAUUUCGGGUUGCUCGAUAGGCUCCUACGAGCGUACAACGCUAUGAACAUGACUUAUCCCGAGGACGCUUUACCAGGAAUAGCAGGACUUCUUGAACUCUUCAGCUUCUCCUUUGACGGUGGUUUUCUCUUUGGGUUGCCCGUCAUGUGCUUUGAAGCAGCCCUACUAUGGAAUUGUCAGUUUUUUUACAAGUCAUUCAAUGACUUUGAAAUGGAAGGAGUCGAAAGGCGAAGUCGCUCCAGCAGAGCUCAUUCUCUUCUUCCCGACGCUGAGUUGCCCUCUUGGUCUUGGAUUGGGUGGAAGGGGAAUAACUUGAGUCUCUUAAAAGAAGAAGAAGACUAUCAAGUCGUUCAAGCUGUGCGAUCGCGUGGAGCUGUGGAGAAAUGGAUCACGAUAUCGACCGCGCAAUGGUAUUGCCAUGACUUGCCAGCAUCGGAUACCAAAUAUCGCAUCUGUUCUUCUUGGCACUCCGUUUCUCGUGAGGUUCCCAAAGGCUGGGUAAAGGAGAAAUAUUCGGCUUGGAGAGGUCAUGAGAAAGCAGAGAUGCGUAGCUUACCAUUUGGAGUCAUUGGGGAUUUCGUCUAUCGUCACCCUAAAGUACCGAACAACAUAUAUUGGCGGCCAUUUCCGGUUUCUCCUGAUUCGGAUCCCUCCGCUCCCUGCCAAAUGAAACAAGGCAAAUUCCUAUCAUGCAGAACGAAGCGAGGCUGGUUCCGUUGUCUGCGAGCCAAGGGUUACUCAUUUGAUGUCAGCAUGGACUAUCACCUCAAGUUGAUAGGCGAGGAAAAUCACGUCUGUGGUUGGGUCCAACUCUGGCAUUCGGACGCGGCAUUGCCUAGACUCUUGAGGCAAGCGAGUGCCCGUCUUCAUGACAAAUCGAGAGAUGACACCGAUACCUCAUCAGAUACCUGCUCUCUCACUGACAAAGGUUCAGCAAGUGAGCAGGAAGUUGUUGAGAUUGUCAUCAUUUGCGAGCGUCUGAGGUCGAAAAGCUAUUGUUGGGUGGAGGGCAAACCCAAAUGGUUCGACAAACGAGAAUAUCGCCAUUAUUAUGGCGUCCUUUGUGUUGAAUGGGACAACGGUAUUGCAUACCGGAAGGGCUGCGGAUACAUCAAGAAGGAAGUUGGGGAGCAAUAUGAAUUUGAAGACAUAGACUUGAUAUUGGGUUAG